UCUGAGGUGACUGAGGUGAUUCCUGCCACGUGUGGGCACUCCGAAGAUCUUUGCAGGGAUGACAUCUUUGUGCUCCGGGCUGGGCUUCCUCCUUUUGGCUGGUGGGCUGGCAGCUGCUGCAACUUCUGCUGGGACACAUCUGUGCUCGAGCAGCCCUGUCGAUGAAGCUGCUGUGUGUGCUUCAGUGGAAAGUGCCAGCCAGGAGAUGCUCCUCAAGAUAGCCCGUGGUGGAGCUUCCCCCUGCAACCUCACGUUUGGUCAAUACGCUUGUGCACAGAGUGCUUGGCUCCAGGACCUUAGGGAUGAUUUCCUCGUAUCCUUAUACUCUUGCCUGAGCCCUAAGCCUCUCAGUGCAAUGGAUGCAGCGUACUCCAUUCUGUUCUUUUCCAAGUAUGAUGCCAACAAGCUUUUAGCUGCCCUGACUACCUUCAGCCAGCAGUUUUCUCACGUGUCCCUCUCAGAAGAGUGGAGCAUCAUCUUUGUUAAUGGCCUAUGGGAGAAGAUGCUACAAGUACCUGGCAUUGACAGCCCACCUGUCUUGUCUCAGUGGGUCCACAAGGGGCUGCAGCCAUUCCUGGCCCAUCCUACAGUCUCUGCUUGCCUCCGUGCCAAAAACGUGUCGUGUGAGGAUUUUCAGAAGGUAGUUGCCGCCCUGAAUAGCAUCUAUUCUAACCUUCCAGUGCAAGAGCAGAAGAAUCUUUACAAUGCAAUCAAGUACUAUCUUGUCCAGGACGGGUCAAAGCAGAAAUGCUACAAUGCAGCCAUUCCAGGUCUGAAUUCCACUGCCUGGUUUAAAAAUUACCUGGGGUCCUUUAUGGAGCAUGCUCCUGUCGAAGACUUGAAGCUCUUUGCUGAUGAAUCAACACUUCAGCGAUUCACCAGGGAUCCAGACAAUAUUCAGAUGGUCAGGAAGCUCACUUUGCUCCGGGCAACGGCCGUGUAUUACACCUUGCUGCUGACCUCUGGGUCUGGCUUCGCUUUAUCGAGUCUCCCAGACAGGUUUGUUUGCUACCUGAGCCCGUCUGCAGUGAGCAACCUGAGCAGAGAUGACGCUUUGAACUUGGCCCAGAGGAUCAGUAAGAACUGCCCCAUGAAUGUGACACAUGCAGGAGAAGACAGGGAGAGACCUCGCUCUUCAUCUCUGACAACGGAGGAACUGCAGGUUGCAUCCUCUUUGGUGCGAAAGUUUGAGCAUUUCCCUCCCGCCGUCCUGCGUGCAUUGGGCCAGGCUGCCGUCGGGCUGCCAGUAUCCGAGAUUGAGGAGAGCAUCAGUGGGGAAGACCUUGAAGCAUCUCUUCCUGCUCUGAGCAAAGUUCAUGGUUGGAACACUGAGCAGACCCGCGCUAUCAUCAACAAAUUGCUCAGCUCUGGCUAUGAGAUCACGGAUGGCCAGAGCCUGGCAAGGCUCGGGAGCUUGGUGGCCGGCCUCAACAGCAGCACACUUCAAAGUCUGCCCGCAAAGGUGAUUGUGGAAGCCAUUAAGUUGCCUGAGUUUGCCCGGCAAACGGCCACCCUACCCUCCGCUCUGAAAGCAGCAUUUGUGGAGAAGAUUUCCUCUGGUUUAGACCACCCUGCUGACCUGGUUAAGUACAUCCCUGAUGCUCUGGCCAGCUACAUUCCCAAAUCAUUGCUUGUUUUUGAGAAAGAGAAACCUAAUAUUCAGGAUCUCAAUCAGAAAACUUGGACCCCAGAACAGGCUGCCAUGUUUUUCAGUGAUGUGAUAAAGGCAGAACCUGAUUUCAACAGGCUUUCCCAGUCUGUCCUCCAAGGCUUCACAUGUACAGCUGUGAAUGGGAUGAAAACGGAAAGUUUUCGGCAGCUAGCCAAAGCCAUGAAGCAGAAGAAUGUCAAGCUAGGAGAAGACCAGCUGAGGUGCUUGAUGACUAUGGUGACACUACAAGGCAUUCCCAAGGACUUAGACAGCUAUCCUAAAGACCUGUUACUGUUUUUAAGUCCUUCAGACUACGCAACGACAGGAAGUUGUUGGCAAUACUUCACUAAUAUUGGGAAAGCGAAUCUUGAUGUUCUGCAAAGAGAGUCCUCCCAGCGGAAACAGCUUCUGUUGGAAGCGUUAGCAUGUUUGAAAAUUUCUGGCACACGAGUAAAUGAGGAAAAUGCAGAGGUUCUGGGUCGUCUGGUCUGUGACCUGAGUGGAGAAUAUAUUAGAAAUUCUGGUGGAAUUUUGCUGAAGCAAUUAAGCCAGUGUGAAUCUUUCCUGCCUGAACAAGAGGAGGCGAUUAGGAGUGUUAUCAGCAGUGAAAACACUAAAUAUGGGCCUCCUUCAGCGUGGUCAGCUUCUACCUUGAAUGAACUCAGUGCAUUGAUUCCUGUGUUUGGUCACAGCAUCUUGCAGAAAAUCCCCAAGGAUGUUUUAACCCUUUGGCUGAAAAACUUUGCCCAUGAUUCAUCUCUGUCGAGGGAACAGCUGGCUGUCAUCACUGAGGAACUCCUGCCUUCUCGACAUAAACGUGCUGCUGAAUGCCCACCUGACUUGAAAAUAACACAAGAAGUUUUUGAUGAUGUGUCAAUGCCUCUUUACUACACCCCUGAGCAGUUACGCGUUUGCUUGAAGAACGUCUCUCUGGCUCAGCACCUCUCUAAGAUACUGAACUACCCCUUCACUGUUGAGCAGUUAGCUGUGCUGAAGAAUCAUCUGGAUGAGACAUAUCCUGAUGGAUAUCCUGAAAGUCUGCUCCCCGAACUGGGGCCUCUGAUUUCUUUGAUUACCCUUGAUGACAUUAGCAAAUGGAAGAUAAAUUCAGCUGAACAACUGGCUGCCUUGCUACAGAAUCAGCCCCCUCCUGCACUGGCUGCCGCAAUGAUUAACCGAUAUGUUUCCUUGGGAAAUCGUUUGACCCCCGCUGCGCUGAACGCAAUUGGUACGACAUAUGUGUGCCUCCUAAAUGCGACUGAGCUGAACGCGAUAGACAUCGACAGUUUGAAAACAGCAGCUCUCGAUCCUUCAGCCUGUUCACAGCCUACUAAGGACAUUUUGUACAACAAAGCAAAACGAGCUUUCUCAGACCAGCACAACUCACGUGCUUAUUAUCUUCUUAUCAAACCAUAUCUAGGGGGUGCUCCUGGUAUAGAUCUCAAAGCUCUAGGCAAGGACCGAGUGAACAUGGAUAUUGAAACGUUCCUAAAGUUAAGAAAAGAUUCUUUGCUGGACCUGACGCCUACUGAAGUAAAGGACUUGCUGGGAGUGAAUCUCAGCCAACUGAAGACUGUGCAGAACGAAUCACCUGUCAGGGAAUGGAUUCAAAGCCAGAAACAAUCCGACCUGGACAAACUGAAUAUUGGGCUCUCUGGGGGAACACCGGAAGGUUACAUCAAUUUUGUCACGCCCAAGUUUCAGACACCAUCAUCAGCUCCCCUGGGUGCCAUGGCCAUGGUCUUCCACCUCCUGCCCGCUCUGCUUCUCAGUUUCCUGAUGAUGUUCAUCUUCUCUUGAAAAUCUUCCCUCGGGAGAAAGCAAGAAGAGGUGCACCAGCCUGUGACUUGCUCUGAGGCCUGUCGGGACUCCCAGGCUGCUGGGGUGGGGAAGGAUGCUCAGGGUAGCAGGCAAUUGCUAUGGAGCCUGGUGUUCAUUUUAAGGCACUUUUCUUUUUCAAAUCACUUUUCAGGGUAUUUUUUCCGAAGGGAAGAUCUCAGACUCUGCAGAGCAGGUGUUUUCUUGUUUGCAUUCUGUAAUGCAAACCUAAUGCUUGCGAAAGGCUCAGUCACAUUACUGCAGCACAACCCAUGUCCAUAUUCUACUGCAUAACCCUGGGGGUGGGUUAAGGGUGAGCAAAUUGGCUCUUCUGCA